AUGGUCACGAGGACGAGUCACUGGAAGUGGAUAGCCCGGGUAAACCCCCGGGUCCAGGAAAUCGACCAGUACCCGUUAAGGUUUCAACCGGGAUCGGCGGAUACGGGUUUUGUCCGGGUUGAGCAGAGUAACCAGGUUCCCGCGGGUGAAAAAGUGCUGUACGCGAACACUGUCAUUGUCUUCAGUCGAGAUCCUAGCGACAACGAUAUCGGAGGACAGUUGAAGGAUACCGGGCACGAUUCGGCGGUCCUGGAGAGCGAAUUAUCUGGCUAUAAGGCCUGUUCAGCAUGCAGUGACAUUGCUCGCAUAGGCAACUCGCAAGGACGUACAACUGUGAACUGUCAUAGUGUGCUGAAGAGGCUUCCGAGGAAUUCAAGUAUCCUUGUUCCCACGAAAAUAAUUUUGGUUUCUCAGCUACGUAUCGCGUCAGACGAAGCAGUGUCAGAAGUCAGCGCCGUGAAAGGAUUUGAGUGUAUUGAGGGCGCCUUGAAGGCUCAGGCUGUCGACGUGUCCGUUGGUCGGGAAGUGCAUGAGCACCUGCCACCGUUCAGACUAGUCUCGCCGAGCAUCGUUGUCGCGUGGAUUUGCCACGAAAUCGUCAUACGCCACAAAUCCUUGUCCAGUCGGAUCCUAGAGCCUGAGUAUAUGCGCAAGGGGCUGGUGUUCUCGAGAGCUGGAGGUUGGAAACGGAAGAACGGGCCGGACGCCAUGAGGGUACGAAGCAGAAAAGGAAAUGCUGAAUUUCAAGAUCCCACCUGA